GUGUGCAGACAGAGAGGCUGCAGAGGGAAGGGCAGCCAGUGUGACACAGUGACAGCAUCGAGCCACCCGCUGACGUGCACACCUCGCUGUGCCCACCCAGCUGGGAGACUUUGUCACAGCCUGGUCACAGGUGACGUGGCAGAGCUGCCUUGCAAGUGGUUAAAGUCCCGAGGGCAGUGCCAUUGGUGGCUGCCACCUGCCAAAGCAGCACAGCUCUGAGCAUCACCUGAUGGGAGAAUAGCAAGGGCUGUGCCAAGGGAAAACCCAGAGCCUCGCUGGUGGGUGCUUUUCUGAGGAAGGAGCGUGGGCUCAUUGCUCCAGUGAAGUCUGGCAUUUCAUUUGGAAGUUUUCCUGGUGGAUCUUUCUUUCCCAGACCAAAGGAUCCCUCUGAUAGGCAGCUGCUACUCAGUGACAGCAUGAGGCACUGCAGCAGGAAGAGAUGAUGUGGAGAGCUAUUAAUCCUCUGACACAGUGCCCUGGAUCCUCAUGGUUGUCCUCAUGAAUACUCCCGUGGAGAAUGUCCAUGAUCUUCUUUGCCUGUGUGGUGAGGGUGAGGGAUGGGCUUCCCCUGUCAGCCUCCACAGAUUUCCAUCUCAACCAGGACUUUCUGGAAUGCAGGAAGAGACUGAAGGCGUUGUCCUCCAUCCUGGCUCGCUAUCCCAGCCGGGGCACGGCCAGAGGAUGUAACCUGAGCAUUCAUUUCCUUUCUUCUGGGGAUAUUGCCUGCAUGGCAAUCUGUUCCAGCAGCUACUCAACCAUCAUGGCCUUCUGCUUCCUGGAGGAGCUUCGGUGGGAAUUUGCUGCUUCCUACAACACCAGGAGCAUCAAUUCAGCUUCCAGACCAUAUGCUUUUAUUGAAUUUGACAACACCAUUCAGAAGCUGAAGCACCAUUUCAACAGCACCCGCGGCUCCCGCGCCGCGCGCAGCUGGGACAGGGUGGAGGAGGAGCUGCAGCUGCAGCCCCCAGUGCAGCUGCAGCUGGAGAAUGCAGAGCUGCUGAACGGGCUGAGCAACGGAGGGCACGCAGGAGGCCGUGUGGAGGUUGUCCCUACUUACAGAAUGCAGCCUGUGACCCCGCUGGGGAUUCUGUCACUUGUUCUGAACAUCAUGUGUGGGGCUCUGAACCUCAUCCGAGGAGUUCACCUGGCAGAAUAUUCCUUUCAGGAGGACCACGAAGGAAUUGGAAAUGUGAUAGCUUUUUUUCUACCUUUUCUAGCCUGUGUUUUUCAGUGUUACCUGUACCUCUUCUACAGCUCAGCCAGGAAGGUGAAGACAUUUGUGCUCCUUUUCUGUGUCUGUUCAUGCAACAUCUACUUGUAUGGAUUAAGGAACCUCUGGCAAAUCUCCUUCCACAUUGGAGUGGCUUCUCUCUCCUCUUACCAGAUCCUGACAAGGCAGCUCCUGGAGAAGCAGCCUGACUGUGGCGUAUGAGAAAAAACCUGGGGUUUGCUACUCUGUUUUUUACAACUCUUUUUUUUGUAUUCACUUGGCCAAAAACAGCUCAGAGUGUGUUUUUUUAACCAUCCAUGGCAAUGGUUAUUGCAAGGAGAACAGUUGCAAGCAGCUUGGGAUGAGCAGGAUCCUGUGAUGGUGCCCAGCACACAGCAAGGGCUGCAGCUGUAUUUCACAUGGUGCAUGUAGAGCUUGUCAGGUGUCCCCAACAGCUGGAAGUUCUUCCCAUCAGCAGCUUUUCCUCCUGGAGUGCCACCAUCCAGACAAUUUUGUCAUUUGUCUCACUGGCUCUGUGACAGCUUGGCAGGUCAGUCUUGCCCUGCUGCUGCAAAUCCUCAAAUUGUGUGGGAAAACAAAGGUAAAGUGAUGGGGAACGUUUUUAUCUCUAGAAUUUGUUAAGAUUCUUGGUAAAGGUGAGUAAAGGCAUCAUUUGCUGUAUUUAGGUGAGUGCAGUAUCAGUGGGGAAAAUGCUGAGGGUGAGCUUCAGGGUCAUUUUUCUAGGUUUGGAAGGACAGGAAAAGGCUGUGACUCUUUUAUAAACCAUAAAGACUAUAAAUAUCUCCUUGGCUGAACAGCACAUUGCAGUUAAGUGUGUGCUCAUGGGUUAAUUGCAAAUAUGCUUAGGGCAGCAGAAAAUAAUCCAAGUGAUCUGUCAGCUCUUGUGGCCUUCGUUUCCUUGGCUAAGGUCACUUUUAGGAUAAGGGCAAUUCCAUGUUUGCUUGGCCUGUAUGGAUGAUAAAUCUUCCAAGCCUAUUUAUGACAGGCCACUGACUCCUUCAACUUUUCUUUUUUUAAAAACGAGUAGCUGGUGAAUAGAAAGCCAUUUCCAGGAAUGGAAAGCAAGAGCAGGUUCUCUUUGUUCUGUAGAACAGCUGUGGUUAGUGGUGGUGAGUUCUUACACCAAGAUGAAUUUCUGGGUGUGCACUUUGGAGCAGGGGACUGCAGGGCUGGAAUUCCCAACCUCUGCUGCACUGGGGGUUCUGCUCUGUCAUGGACUGAGGUGCACAGGGGCAUUUUAGGGCACAGAUGAAUAAUUUAGGCUGGCUGUUAAAAAAAAUGCCUAUAGCAGUUUGAUGCAGCUGUCCUUGAGGGGCUGUAGAGAUUCAAACUGAGAUGUAGAGAGCUGUAGGUGUGUUAUUGUGGAAUUACGGUCCUAAAAUUUCCUUUUUUUUUUUUUUUUUCUUUCUGGUCAUCCCCAUUUCUUUUACCAAAGAUUGAUUUUUCCUCUCACACAGUCUCUACCUCUGGUUGCAAAGAGAUUAACAUGCAGCAGAGUUGUCUUUUUUGCAGGAACACUUGACACAAUUCCUUUCUUUCAUCUCAGUGAGUUUUCCUGGGAUCUCAGGAUGCAAACACGAGGCUCAGACAAGAAAUUUGUGGUGCUGUACCUUGGCAGCACUUCUGGCUGCAGCUGACUGCAGCAACAGCAUCCAUAGGCAGCCCAUCAGAACCUGGACAUUUUCUAGGACAUCAGGAGACUUAGUGCCAGAGCUUUUCCCAGGAGGAAAAGGAAGGGAUUGCUUUUUCACUGCACUUACUGUAACAACAGUGUGAUGGAAACCUCCAAACCGUGUGGAAUAGUCUGGCAGGAAUGAUGGAGGAAUAUUUUAGCCAGGCAUUUAAGGACACAGCUCGAGCUGUGUGCCAUAAGGGAAAGGUUUUCUGUUGUAAGGGAGUGGAUUAAAGUUGUUUGUCUGUCAUUAUCCCAGUUUUCUGCCAGAGAAAUGAAGCCACAAUUCAACCACUGUCCCUGAGACACCAAGAUGACCCCGCAGAUGUGAGGGGUUUUGUGCUGCUCUUAAUUUUCCUGCUGUUCAGUCCCAGUUUUCCUUGGUAAAAUACUUCUGGUGACUGCAGGGAACUCAGCCAUGAAUUUAGAUUCCAAGUUUUUUAAAAAAAAUCUGAAAAAAGAACACCCCAAAAAUGUGACACUAGAAAUGUUAACACUUUAGGGAUAAUGGAUCUGAUGGCUGGUGGUGAAAUUGGGUAUCAACCCACUGUGGGGAAAGGGUGAAGCAUUUUAUAUCUCAGACAGACAAAACUUCAUGAAAAGGACUUUAGGACAGGAGCCAACUCCCUGCUCCUGCCUUUUUAUCCUCACUCUGGCUAAAGUGUCCAAAAGAACUUUUCCUUUUUUUUCCUGCUCUGGCCUGAGGCACACAGAGCAUUUUCAGCUGCCCAUUCCUCAGCCUUGCAGGGAGCUGGCUGGAAAAUUGUGACAUUCCUGAUGCUUCCCCAGCAUCCAGCUGCUCUGUCCUGAGACAGAUCCAGCCCUGAGCCAGGGGAUGGCAGCCCCAGCUCUGCAAAGAGGGCUGGAACAGGGGGUUUGGAUAAUUGUGCAAUCAACAGAGGGGGAGAAAGGUUAAAUUCAGCUUUUGUUGAAUUGGUUCUCCUAAAAACGUUUCAGUAAAAUCAAACCAAAUCAGUUGGUUCAGUUCUGCCUUUGCCUAAACUUCUGGGUUUUUUUGCUCUGUGGAUUUUUGGGGAAUGUGAGAAUCUUCAGAUGUUUUCUACCCAAGGACAGAGCUCUGCUUUGGUGUUGAUCUUAAUCCCUUUGCAAUCUUUUAUUUUCCUGCAAUAGGUGUAAAUCAUGUUAAGGAAUCUACAUGGAUUAGUCCAACUUUGUAAGUUUGGAUUGGGAUUCCAGGACAAGGCAGAGCACACGGAGUUUGACCUAUUUUUAUUUUUAAUUUGGUAUUUAUCCCAUAUCUACACGGUAUUUAUACAGGUAAACAUUUUCUGGCAGAACAGCAAGAGGAAUAAAAUAGUUUACAUUGAUCUCAGUGUUUUAAGAUUUAGUAAAAAAGAAUGACUUGCAGUUUGAGAACACAAAAUCUGACUCAUAACAUGGGAUUUUUCCAGAAUUGAAUCAAAUCCCCAAAGAGGAAUCCAUCCCCUUCUUUUUUUUCAACUUUAAACUGGUUAAUGUGGUUUGAAUUGCACCUUCUUCAUUCUGUCACUUUGCAAGAUAAGUCUUUUGGAAACUCUUUUCCUCACCCAGCAGCUCAGCACAAGCAAAUUAGCGAAGAAUCAACUCCAAUAAUUUCCAGAUUUGCAGUGCUUAGUCACUUUAUGAAGCUGGUAAUUCUCUGGGUUGUUUUUUUUUCCUCUUUUCUCCCAAAGACCUGUUUAGUUUGUAGAAGUUGGGCUGGUACCUUUUUCGACAUUUUUGCACUGUAUUAAUAAUUGAACCUGUGUAAAUGUGUAUAAAAUCAUUUUGCAUGUAUAUGUAUAUAUGUACAUAUAGCUAAUAAAUGGCUUUUUUUUUUGUAAUGGUUGUCUUCA